UGCAGCACAGCCCACCUGAGAAGGGAAGAGAACAGGAAAGAAUCUCAGGACAUUCAGACGGACAAGCCUUGUCGAAGUUCUCAGCAGUGUUCUAAGAGUACCAACAGUCAAGCCAAUCAGGACAGGAUGAACAGAAACCGUAUCAGCAGCAAUAGCAGCAGCUCCAGCAGCCUGGCUGAGCUGCCCACCACUCCCACCCGAGUGGUGGGUGGACCCCUGUCGCCCAGGAGGGGACCUCCCCAGUUCAAACAGAGGAUCACCAGGCAUUUCAAGAGCAAGCCUCCCACGAAGGGAGUGAAGGGAUUUGGCGAUGAAAUCCCUGGCAUGGAGGGUCUUGGCAGUGACUUUACGGUGGUGUGCCCGUGGGAGGCCUUCAGCCACCUGGAGCUGCACGAGCUGGCCCAGUUUGGCAUCAUCUGAGAUCCGGCGCCGGACCACACCGACAUCACUCCCACCUCAUGACAUUAACACCCUGAGCAGAC